GGGGAGAGAGUUGGAGUGCACCGCGUUCAGAGACAGCACAGCAGUGGGCGGCCGCUAAGCACCAGGGGACGGUGAAGGGUCCGGAUGCAGUUUAUCUGUGUGGGGAGUAAAGCACAGAAUACUCGCACAUACCGGGUACAGACUAAUUGGUCCAUACUGGGCCCCGAGCAUUGGCGAGAGAAGCGAAAACAAGCGAGAGUCCAAUCUAUAUCCCGAGACUGACCUAGAGAACAAGACACGGUGCGGGGAGAAUGAUAGACCCGCAGGACAGUAGUAUCUUGCCUUUGAGUAACUGUUCCCAGCUUCACUGCUGCAGGCACCUCAUUCCAGGGCCUCUGUGGUGCUCCGAUGCCCCUCACCCACUGUCGAAGAUCCCCGGUGGGCGAGGGGACAGCAGGGAUCCUGUACUCCCAGCUGUGAUCUAUAAGGACGAGAAGCUCACGGUUUCUCAAGAUUUCCCGGUGAAUGAUGGGAAGCCACACCUCGUCCAAUUCCAGUACAAGGUCACCGAGGUGAAAGAGUCUUCAUGGAAGGCCAUGUUAUCAAAUCAGAGUCUUUUUGUGGAAAUACCAGAAGGCAUUCUAGCUGAUGGUAGCAAAGAAGGGUUGUUGGCCUUACUGGAAUAUGCAGAGGAGAAAAUGAAAGUGAGCUAUGUCUUUAUCUGCUUUAGGAAGAGCAGAGAAGAUAGAGGCCCUCUUCUCAAGACUUUCAGCUUUCUGGGAUUCGAGGUUGUACGCCCUGGGCACCCAUGUGUUCCUGCACGUCCUGAAGUCCUCUUCAUGGUGUACACACUAGACCAGAACUCUUCCGAUGAGGAAUGAGCCGCGGUGGAUUUGAGGCUGCCGAAGUUCCAUUUGAUUCUGUGUCAGGGUAGUGGGUGGGAAUUUGUAGCACCUUUUUUUUUUUUCUUUUUGUUUUCCUCUUGGGUUGGGAAGAUAAGCGCGCAUGGUCAUGCGAUGGACUGAUUCUUUGGCAGGGGGCAGCCUUUCAAUAUGUACGUGUGUUUGGGUUUUUUUGGGGGGGGGGUUUGUUUUGCUUUUGUUUCUUUGCAACUUUUGUUCUGAAGCAUCAGCUUAAAGCACCUUGCAGUCUGUGAUCACAAAUUUGUAUUCAGAAUGUAGUGUAUAAAGCUGCAUAUGAGAAAAUAGUUAUCUUCAAUGCCAUAAAUGCUUGUUGUGUUCUUGUUUGUUUUAUAUUAGUCAGUGAUGUAAUAAACUGUUCAUGCACCAUA